AUGCCAAAUGGAAGCCUUGAAAAUCAACUGUAUCCGAGCCAUGGACCAAAAUGUGGAUUGGAUUUGGUUCAGCUCGUCAGAAUUUGCAGUGAUGUGGCCGAAGGGAUGGCCUAUCUGCAUCACUAUUCACCGAUAAAAGUUGUGCAUUGUGAUAUUAAGCCGAGCAAUAUUCUCCUCGAUGACGAUAUGACAGCUUUGGUCGCUGAUUUUGGCAUCUCAAGAUUGGUAAAAGUUGCCGAUGAGAAUGUUUCUGUCAAUGAUUCAGCAGCUUAUUCCUUCGGAUCUACAGAUGGUUUGGUUUGUGGUUCAGUUGGUUAUAUUGCUCCCGAAUAUGGAAUGGGAAAGCCGGCAUCACCUCAAGGAGAUGUUUAUAGCCUCGGUGUACUUCUAUUAGAGAUUGUGGCGGGGAGACGCCCAAUGGAUAUCCUUUUCGAAGAAGGUCCGAGUCUUCACGAAUGGGUUAAAAGGUACUACCCAAACAGGCUCGAGACAAUUGUUGAAGGAGCAAUCGAAAGGCGUGCACCAUGCGCCACCAUUCAACAUGACAGCCGCAAGAUAUGGCGUGACGUGAUCUUGGAAUUGAUCGAACUCGGGCUAAUCUGCACACAGUACAAUCCGGCCACUAGACCAACCAUGCUAGACGUAGCUUAUGAAAUCAGUCGUCUGAAGCAGUAUCUUUAUAGUCCUUCAAACCUGCUCAUUGAAUAA